AUGUCAGAGCGAAGUGAAAUAAUAACCGAAAGUGACUCUAGUAAGCUUAAAGAGGUGAAAUCCUCUCGAGCAGCUUUAUCAAGGCACUCAAAAAGCCGGAGUAUGAUAAACAUCCGGCCAAAGACUGCAAAAAUUUCAUCAAAAGAAGAGAUCCCAUCCCUUAACCUUAAGGCUAGUCCUCAAGAAUCCAAUUCUGUGUCACAAAGUCGCCCUAUAUCUUCUUAUCAGCACCGUGCUUCUUCAUUGCCACUAGCUGAUGAACAAAGCCCUAAGUCAGUUAAAUGUCGAUUAUCUGAAGACGAUAUCCCAAUUAUUUCAGAGGCAGAUCAUAAGCUAGGAAAUUGUUAUUGCCACUAUUGCACCUGCAAAAAGCAUAUAUGCCCUGAGGAUUAUAGACGUGGUAUGGCAGUAUCUUCUAUGUAUUCAUCAAUUUAUAAGCAUGACUAUAUAAAAAAAUUUGCUCCGAAAUCAUACCCGCUAUACAAUAUGUCAAACUAUAUGUCUAGGUCAGGAAAAAUUGAUUUUAUGACAAUAAAUAGGCAGGAUUAUAAGCCUUUUCACCGCAGUAUCACCAAAGGAUCAAGGUCUGACAAAGAGUUAAUCAAGCCAGUAAAAUUCGUGGCCAGUACAUCGUAUGCCAAUGAAUUCCCUAACUGGGGAGCUGUAGAAUUUAUCCAUAUGAAAAAAGUUUAUUCGCCAUAUGAAGAAAGCUCUACUAAGCUUUCCAAUAUAACAACAUAUUCUGAAGCAUUUUGCAAAAAACCACAAGAAAACUCAACUAGUGUAGUUACAGAUUCUACAGUUUCUUCAAUAAAAACAGCAAGCAACUUCAAUCCUGUCACCUCAAGCAAAGUAUUUUUAGGUGAAACUACAUGCAUGAGAGACUAUAAGCCAACCAAAAAGCAUAAUUAUGCUACACAUGUCAAGGCAAGUUCUCAAGACAAUAUCUCGGUAGUUUCUUCAGCUUCAAGGUUUAUAACCAAUUAUGGAGCAGAAUUUGUGCCAAAAGAAAUUCCGAAGCGCCUUAUAAAGAAAAAAGAAUUUUUGUGGAAGGCUUAUAGAUAA